GCAUCAAUAAACAUGGUGAGUGGCUGCACAGGAGACCUUUUGUGUCAUGUUUGGUCUCUGGUACUUGUGGUUUGGUCUUAUGGACUAUUCCGCUGGACUCUCAUCUUUUAUAAAAUAUAGGUCUUCUAAACAUGGGAGUAUACUAGAUUGUUCGUAUUUUUUUGCAAUAACUGAAUUUUCUAAGCUAUGGUUAAAAAAAGGGUCAGUAGUUUUUCUUACAGAUGACAGGUUAAAAUAGAGAACAACUGUGGGACAGGAUUCAGGCAAUCCUGCAAGAAAUCUUCCUUUCCUCAAAGGCAGAAGGAGAACAGAGAAUGUAAGGUUUAGGUGGGGUUUUGGUUUGCUUGGGGAUCGGGCAUCCUUCCUCACAAAUUUUUCUUCCUUGGUAUCAAGUAAUAAAGUUAGAGGGAAUGUUUGAUGCUAACUAAGGCUGGUUUGAUGGGAAAAUACUGAAGACUUGUUCAGUUGCCACUCAGUCUCUCCUCUACUAACAAAAUUUCAGGAUUUGGCCAAUAGUUGUUGCACACAUACAGUAUUUGUCAGGGGUUUGAUUCUAUUUAGAUCCAGAGAAUAAGAUAUGAUCAUUUAUUAUUAUUUUACACUUUUUCUCUGAACGUGAAAACAGCCUUUUUCUUCAAACAGGAGUAAAACAAAAAGAAUAACAAGAGUUCAAAGGUGUCAAGGGACAAGUACAUUCUCCCUCUGCUCCAGUUAUAAACUGUGUCAGCUCUAAGUUUGCAGCACGCACAGUAAGAAGCAUCUCUGGCUUGAAGAACUGACAGGGAGAAGUGACGGUCCCUCUUGUACGUGGCCGCAACACAGUGAGGUGAAGCAACUUACAAAAUCACUCACAUGUGUCUCAGGGCAAGGAGCAGCUGCACAGAGGCUGGGUCUGUCACUUGUCCUCUCUAUAGAAGCGGCCAAGCGCUUCUGUGCCACUCCAAUUCCCAUUUAAUGAAAUUGUCACCAGUUGCCUUUUCUUUGCCCUUAUGUGGUGCCUUUGGCCUCUCCUUCUCUUGCUCAUGCAGGAGAGUGGGGUUUAGAGGGCAACUUCACCUGGCAGUGUCAUGUGCCCUCUUCUAGUGCAGCACCUUAGGUGACUGCCUUCCCUAAGCUCCAGGCAUUGAGUUACUGGUCUAAUUCUCUCCCUCUCAGUCUGGUGAAUCUACACAACGGCAGGGAGGUGUCUCCCGCGUUCGUCAGUCGGGCGGUGCUGCAGGCUGAGAGCAGGGGAGGUGAGCGUUGCCACCGCCUGUGCUACCUCAGAGCUUUCUUGCCCAGCUCACUACUCUCAGGCAUGUGGCUGCAUGAUUAGCAGUUGCUGAUCAACUAUUUUUCAAGGUUAAAGAAGAAAGGUAAAGAAGAAAAAAAAAUGCUGUACUGCUUUAAAGGAACACCAUGCGUCUGGCAAAAUUUUGAGAAGGCUCAAGGCGUUAAAGAAAGCUCAUCUAAAUAAAGGAGGGUUAACGUGACAUUGCAGUUACUUAAUCCUGUAUUGUCCUGCCAUGUGACUGCAGGGAUGCUGAGGCGCAGUGUUUCUUUUGCCUGGUGCACAGAUUAUGCUUUUCCUGUCAUCUUCCAGGAUCAGUUGCUUUGCUAAACCUGUCAUGAGGAGGAAACAGAGGAGCCACAAACUUUUUACAGCAAGGCUUCAAGGCACAGUGACAUUUCCAAGGCACAGUGACAAGCUCACAGGCUGAAGAACGAAUCAAAGGCAAGCCGUACGUUCAGCUCUUGAACUGAUACCAGAAUCAAGGAGAGCUACGCUCUUAAAGUCAGCUAUUCAAAAUGAACUGGAAGCAUCUGGAUUUAUUCAGUUAAUCAGCUAUUUGUUUAACCUUUAUCUAUCCAGUUAGUUUUCAAAGCAGCAAGCUAAAACCUGAAAAUUCCUGUCAAAUGUUUUGCAUGUGUCAAAUGUAGUGCACAGAUUGUGAGCAACUCACUGCUUUCUUGCACAAUGUUUACAGUUUUAAUUGCAAAGCCUUGUAGAUGAAGAUCCUGAUAUACUAAAUCUGUUAGUGAGAGAUGGAUGCAAACAGCUUCCAGUUUUAGCUCUGAUUUUGAACAAAACUGCAAUAUGUAGGUACGUAAUUUCCAAACUAAUCUUUGGACUUUCAGUAAGCCAUUUUUGCUAAGUUUGUCACAGUGUCCAUUAUGUACAGGACUGCAUAUUCAUACAGAAUUAUUUCAUUUAAACUCCUUAUUGGGACAUAAAUGGGGAAGUGACUACCCUGUAGACUAUGACAACAGAAUAUGUGAAUGGAGGAAGUCUUGGAAAACACCGUUAUUCCAAGUGGCAUCGUGAGGACAGCAGAGAAGACAAUGGGCAGCCGGAGUGCUGUGAAGGAGAUGAAGAGAACAGGCAGCACAGGCUGACCCCGUUUGAGAAACUAAUGCAGGAUAUGUCCCAGAAUGAAAAAGUGGUGAAAGAAUUAACCCUGGGAAAGAGAAUUGGCUUUUACCGAGUCAGAGGAGAAAUAGGAAGUGGGAAUUUCUCGCAAGUGAAGCUUGGAAUUCAUUCCCUAAUCAAAGUGUUUCUUUUUUCAGAGAAAGUCGCAAUUAAGAUUUUGGACAAGGCGAAGCUAGACCGGAAGACUCAACGUUUGCUAUCUCGUGAGAUAUCCAACAUGGAAAAACUGCACCACCCAAAUAUCAUCAGACUAUAUGAAGUGGUGGAAACACUCUCAAAACUGCACUUGGUGAUGGAGUACGCUGGAGGUGGAGAGCUCUUCACUAAAAUCAGUACAGAAGGGAAGCUGCUAGAAGCAGAAUGUAAAAUAAUCUUCUCCCAGAUUGUGUCAGCUGUGAAGCACAUGCAUGAGAAUAAUAUCAUUCACCGGGACCUGAAGGCAGAAAACGUCUUCUACACCAGUAACACUUGUGUUAAGGUGGGGGACUUUGGAUUCAGCACAAUAAGCAGAAGAGAUGAAACUUUAAAUACUUUCUGUGGCUCUCCUCCUUACGCUGCCCCUGAACUCUUCCGAGAUGAAAACUAUGUUGGCAUUUAUGUAGACAUCUGGGCACUGGGAAUCCUGUUAUACUUUAUGAUGACGGGUAUCAUGCCAUUUCGGGCAGAUACAGUGGCCAAACUGAAAAAGUGCAUUCUUGAAGGGACAUACAGUUUGCCUCCCUGCCUCUCAGAAACUUGCCAGAAACUGAUAAGAGGAGUCCUUCAGCCAGUACCAACCGAACGAUAUUCUGUCAAACUUAUUAUGAACAGUGAAUGGAUGCAAGGAAUACAGUAUCCCAGACCUUUACAGCCAUUUAAACUGGAUCCAAAGUAUUUAUCAGACAUCACUACACUCAAAGAGGAAGAAAUCGAAGUGAAGAAUAUUCUGGAAGAUCUGGGAAUCACAGAAGAGCACAUUCAAAAUAACCAGGGAAGAGAUGCACGCAGCUCAAUAACAGGGGUCUACAGAAUUGUUUUGCACAAAGUACAGAAGAAAAGGGCACUUGAAUGUGUUCCUAUCACAUCCCACCCAGACCCCAAAGAAGACUUGAGGAGAGGAAUCCAUUCUUACAGUGGGAUGAAGCAUGCAUCCAAGCUGUGUUCUAUUUUAUAAAUUGCACUGCAGGCUGUAUACUCAGCACAUUUAACAAAGGGUUUUAUUCACUUUUCACAAGUUCUGGUGUUACAUUUUUUGCAAUUUUUGAAUAAACCAGAAAUGCCUCAUCUCCUUUGCAGUUCUCAAGUCACAGUGAAGCGCUCAAAUACAGAGCUCUCAUGCAUUUGUUUGUCCCUUGCUCCAGAGACAUGUAUAGCCAGUGCAACAAUCCCAGUAAGCAGAACAGGGAUCACUAGUGGAGGUGAUCUUUUAGUAAAAAUCAAACAGUACUGCAUUUAACACAUUGGGAGAUUCUGAGUACAGACAUGUAACAGCUAACUUCUUGAAAAGUUGUACCUCAGCUUAACACAACUAUAUCACUGCAAACCAGGACAAUUUUUGCAGAGAACUAAAUUUAAGCAGAAAUCAGACUAUAAUCUAAACAACUGCAAAUUCUUCUUUAAAACUUCUUCAGCAAAUUAAACAUGAUAAAAUGUAUAUCAGAGCUUCUUAAUUUUAUUUCAAGAAACAGCAAUUCUGCUAUUGACCACAGAUCCCAAUUUUUCACAAUUCAGAAAGGCAAAUUAGGAUAUGCUGCUUUAACCCUGAUGGGUGGUUACAUAACUGGUUGGGCUACCAGCUACUAAUAUGCUGACACCUUCCAUUACUUGCACAAUUCUGACAGUCUAGAACUACUUGGACUCCAGCUGCACACCAAAAAAGAAAGAUUUAAGCAUACUCUAAACCCCACAGUUUUAAAUUCUUGCUUUAGCACUAGGUAUCAUUAAUCUGAAUGAAACAAAAUACGCUUAUAUAUUGAGCAUUACAGGCUUGUACUAUCUCCUGCCCUGCCACUCUGCCAACAAAGGCUGGCACCAAGAUAAUUUUGACACUCUUAGCCACUGCAAAUUAAAAGCUGGAUAGCCUUACAACUCCAAUUGUUCUGAGCAUCACCAAGAUGUAGAUACUCUGAUUUUCAGCUUUAAUUGCUUAUUUUAUACUUUAAUCUUCAACACCAUCAGCUCCAAAUCAUAUGGUGCAAAACUAAAGUAGCUGUCCUUCUCUGACUGGCAGAGCUGACAUGCCUAACCUAAGAGGUAGAGCCUAUAUGGUUUUAAUUAAGGCAAGUAAAUGAAUACAAGGUUUAGAGAGGUACAGCUGGUUCUUUCAAAUUUAAGAGCAGGAUGCCUUACCUAUUAUGGGGAGUGAUGAGAUGAUCAGUUGACUUUAAGUAAUGUAACUAAGCAACAGAAUGACUCUGAGAAGUCACCCUGGGGAACUGGACACGGUGAGGCUCAGGUAACUACAGAGCAAGAACCAACAUCCCUUCACAAUAUUUGAGGGGGAUAAAACAAUACCAUCUUUUAUAAGACAGUAAUAAAGAUUGAUUGUAUUUCAUAAGCUGGGAAUUAACUCCUCCACUAUAAACAGUUUCCAUAUGAAAGCAUGUAAGUUAUCUUGAAACACGGCCCUGAAAUAAUUGUUUUGCACCAGCCUAAGCAACCCUUUCUUUCCACUUUUGUAGUGGAAUGGUAGUAGGAAGAAAGAUCCAGAAGGUCCAUACAGAUUGUGAACUCACAACCUUGGGUUUUCACAGGGCCAGUUCCCUUUUUCUUCCUGAAAACCCAACAAGUCAGCACUAUUCCAACAGGUUUCAAAUAUCUCAAACUUUAUUUUAAUAAAGGAUCAGCCUCGCAGACCAUGAGGUCCCUGUGGUUAACUUUGUGCCAGUAGCUCACUUCUUGGCUUGUCCACUGCCAGCAAUGGACUUUGUUCCAUGGCAAUCUGUUUUUCUGGUGCCAAGAUAAAGUUUCACAAGGGCAACCUAAACCAAAAUACUUGCAAAUACUAUCAUCAUGCAUCAUCGCUCCAUCAUUUCCAGCAGAACAAACAGAUUAGUAUUCAUCAAUUUAUAAUAAACAACUAUUUUACCAAGGCUUGACUGUACAAAUACAGCAAGCUAUCAAAUCCUAGUGAAUGACAUAAUACAAACACUUCAUUACACACACAAAAAAAAGUAAUUUAACAGACAAAUCAUUUUUUGCUACGUUAUAUUAGGCAAUGUAGCUUUGUAGAAUUAGCAAAGAAACAAAUUCAACAAAACUUCAUUCUGUACAUUAGCUCAAUUUAAGUAUAUAUUACAAGCUUACAAGGCUCAUAUCAUAGUUCAUUUCCAAUCUGGGCUUUAAAAAUCUACCAGAAUGGACUCCCCAUUAGCACUGUUUUGCUACUACUUGCAGAAUGGAUAGCUUUCAGCUUGCAUGUUGGGAAA